AUGAUCGAACAGGGUCCUGGUAAUUUCCACUUGUCCAUUGACGAGUCUGUAUUUUCGGCUCUUUUGGAAUGUGCUUAUUCUGACCCAAAGCAUCAGGUUAUUGGUUAUCUUGGAGGAAAAUGUAGCAUUGGCAAAUCUGAUAUGAUCAUAUGUCAUGUUAGUCAAUUUGUAGCUUUGGAAAGGUGUAUUCCUUCUCUACUGACUGACACAGUGAAAGAGAUUAAUCUGGCUUAUGAAGAAACAAUCAAAAAAUUUAAGGAUAUGGGACUAAUAUUAGUAGGCUGGUAUCGAAGUAACAUCUCAUCUAAUUCUAAUUCGAUUAUUACACAAGCUGAUAUUAUAAAACAACAAAAAUUACAAACACAACAUCCAAAUAGUGCUGGUAUUAUCAUUUCAAUAUCUACAACAGGAUUUCCCUCACUAGGUCCAAAAGGACAAAUAUCAGAUGGAAUAACUAACACAUUUUGUAUUUUUAGAACAUCUGAAAAUACCAUUCUAAAUGACUUUGAUGCUAUUAACACACCAUCACAAGGUACCAAAUCUAAAAAUGGUAAAAUAUCGAAAGGAAAAGGCAAGGAGUUGCCUAAGGUCAACAGGACAAUUCUUCAUGAAUCAAAACAGGUAUAUAAUGAACAAAUAUUGGAUUGCGAGAAUAGAAUUGGUCAAAAGGUAUUCGUUGACUCACAAUAUGAAUCGUUUCUUUUGAAUUUUUUGAGAAAAUCAGUAGUUCAGUUUGAUAGGUCAGUGGAUCAAGAUUUUAGAUCAUUAUCAAUUGCAAAGCAUCAUGCUAAGAUGUUAAUAAGUAAACAUUUGAAUGAAACAUUGGGAAUAUUACAACAAAAUAAGAUUAAAGAUGAAAAUCAAUUAAAUUUAUGGCGAAGGAAGCUUGAAAAAUUGAUAGAAAAUAUGGCAAUGCAAAGAUUAUCUAAAAAAGAAAAGGAAAUGAAAAAAAAUAAUCCAUCAGAGUUUGAUUUAAAUAAAUGGCCUAACUUGACAUCGUCACUAGAGAAUGCAAAUGGUUCUGAUACACUGUUAGGAUAUAAAUUAUCAGAAAAUUUUAAAGAAUUUACUAUAAAAAAAAAUGAACUUGAUUUAAUGAAUGAAAAAUCUGUCUAG